AUGCCGAUAUGCAGGAAUAAAGAGGAUGUGUUUCGAUUACCCUUCCUUAAAAACCCUUGUUUUUUGCAUAAGGGGAAAACAAUAACGAGUUCACACCUGAUGGAGGCUGGUCUGUUGUGGAUCAGAGAUAUAAUGAAUGAUGACUUUAGCGUCAAACUAGAUUUUAUUUUUGGUGUGCUAAAAAACAAAAAUAUUAAUUUCAGAAAAUGCAGCAUAAGGUCAAUUACGGAAAAAAUAAAAAAUACAGUAACUCUGUUUUGGGAAAGAAUAAUGCAGACAAAAGACAUCUCGAUGCAGAACGAUGACUUGAAUUUCCUCCUGUGCCAAAACAAUAACCCGGUCCCAGUGCAAGAGAUUAAAACAAAAGCAUGGUACAAACUCCUCAUAGCCGAAAUCAAAAGAACUCCAACUACCGAAAAGAUCUGGGCUCAAAUCUUUCCGGGUUUUAACACCAAAUCAAUAUGGACCAGUGGGGGAGGUCUCUUCACUCCCCCAACGCUACAACAUCUAGAUUUCAAAAUUAAGCACAGGAGGAUUUUCACAGGCAUCGUUCUGCAUCAAAUCAACAAGGGAAAAUACGAAAGAAAAUGUAAAAAAUGCAAUGAACAGGAUGAAGAUUUGGAGCACCUCUUCUUGGAUUGUAGUCUUGUAAGAGCCUUCUACUCCACAAUACGGCGGACAAUACAGAGCGCCUGCAAUUUCCACUGUGGAAGUGACACAAAAUGGACUUUGCUUUUUUUAUUCGGACUAAAAAAGAAUUCUGCACAUCAGCAUACUCACAUCAUCAACACCAUCCUCAGCUACACAAGAUUUUCAGUCUGGACUGUCAGGAACUAUGCUUUAUACGAAAACCGGACUCUGUCACUGCUUCCUUUUUUCAAAACCCUAUUUCUGAACCAUCUGAAAAACUGCUUCUUCGCCAUCCCGGACACUUUCAAUCAGCUUUUGAACACUGGACACACUCUUUUUACAGUACAUCAAAACAAUAUCACACUUAAUUUAUGA